AUGAAAGCUUUAAGAGCUCUGAGAACUCUCUCUUCGAAACCCAGAAAAACCCCAUUAAACCCAAUCUUCUUUCACAGGUUCUACGCAGCUCAACCUCAAGAAGACGAUUCCAGUCAUACCCCAUCCCUCUCAGACUCUGAAAAUGGUUCAGACUCAGUCUUUGACAGUACCCAUUACGACAUACCAACCAUUAGUUCAGAUUCUAAGCCGAAAAUCCCUCAGAAGCUCACUUGGAACACCAAAUACAGAUCAAAAGCUGAUGAAUUGAUUGACCAAAAGAAAAAACCUGAUGAUUUGAUAUUUAAGAACAGCUCGCUCGCAAAGAAGCUUCUUGAGGCGGCGGUAUGUUUGCCCUCAGACGACGAGAAUGAGGAGGAUGAGGAGGAAGUGGUCAAGGAGGAGGACCAGAAGGCGUUGUCGGUUGGGAUAAUUGGUGCCCCGAAUGCCGGAAAGUCUGCACUGACGAAUUAUAUGGUUGGGACUAAGGUUGCUGCUGUGUCACGGAAGACGAACACCACUACUCAUGAAGUAUUAGGAGUGAUGACAAAAGGAGACACACAAAUUUGUUUCUUUGAUACUCCAGGACUUACAUUAAGUAACAGAGGAUGCCCUUACAAGGAUUUCAAGGUUCGUGUAGAAAGUGCUUGGAGCUCAGUUAAUUUAUAUGAUGUGCUCAUAGUUAUUUUCGACGUCCAUAGGCAUCUUACCAGGCCUGAUGCAAGGGUUAUAGGAUUAAUCAAGCGUAUGGGAGCAUUAGCACACCCAAUACAAAAGAGAGUUUUAUGUAUGAAUAAGGUUGAUUUAGUUGAGAAGAAGAAAGAUUUGUUAACGGUUGCCGAGCAAUUCAAAGAUCUUCCUGGGUAUGAAAGGCAUUUCAUGAUUUCCGGUCUAAAGGGAUCUGGAGUGAAAGAUCUUACUCAAUACUUGAUGGAUCAGGCUGUCAAAAGAUCUUGGGAGGAAGAUCCAUUCAUCCUGACUGAGGAAGUAAUGAAGAAUAUAUCAUUAGAAGUUGUCCGAGAAAGGUUGUUAGACCAUGUCCAUCAGGAAAUCCCAUACGGUAUUGAACAUCGGUUGAUGGACUGGAAGGAGUUGCGAGAUGGCUCUCUUCGGAUUGAACAGCAUCUUAUCACUCCCAAAUUAAGUCAACGCAAGAUUCUUGUAGGAAAGAAGGGCUGUAAAAUAGGGAGAAUUGGCAUGGAAGCUAAUGAGGAGCUAAGGUCCAUCUUCAAGAGGGAUGUCCACCUCAUUCUCCAGGUUGAGCUAUGA